GUAGGCUGCGACACCAUAGCAACUCCCCUUGACCCCUCCCUCCCUCAGUAUUCGCAGCAUCACCCUUUACACUGCACAUUCAUAUUUGGUCCUCCGGAAAUAUCCUCGGCUCGGGUAAGCCAGUCCCUAUGCAGCGAAUAUAUGGGGGGAGAGUAGUUUAAAAUACUGUUAAAAAUGUAUCGGCAGUAUGACGAGCAACCCCUCACACCUGCUGUUGAAGCAUAGCUUCAAUACAUCACGAUAAAGUUUUUUUGUUAAAGCUUUCGCGUUUCGCUAUUCGUGUUCCGAACCCUCGUCUCUAAAAUGGCUGGCCGUAGGUCCGAGAAUACUACGAUGGACAGAAAGGGAAGUGCUGAAGCGGCGGGCUCCAUUGUGGCUGUAGGUUCUCUACAGCGGAUGACGCGCUCAUGUUAGGCUCGUCCAAGGUUCGACUGGUGUCAACGCACACGCGCGCCGCCCUCCUGCGAUUGACAGCUCGGACCUCGGACCACGGUGCGUAAUGGCGUCCACCCUGCACCCAGUGUCUCUUUUUAUCCUUUGACCAAUAUCAACCGGUUGGAUUUGGAGGAACACAAUUAGUUAUGCCCCACAAUGGAUUCCCAGUUGGCUGCAGCCCCGCCCAGCAGCAGCUCGGAUGACCAACAUGCUCACCCGCCUCUGGAAGAAUCGGGGCCCAGGGUGCUUGUCGGCCCACCAGACGAGACCUCGCCCAGCACUUUAGCCAGUGACCCACACCUCCUCCCCAUCACACCUGUGACACCCAGGCAUGUUUCAUCAGUUAAUGGAGAAACGUCUGCCUCGGAUGGUCCACCCAAACAAGCCCCUCUAAAAACCUGCGAGAGUGAUGGACUCAAGCGGCCAAUUAAAGUCAAGACCGGCAUGCCUGUUUUAAACAACCAACCAAUCAGAAUCAAAAUCAUUGUUCGGGGCAAAAAUCCGAUCAUAAGCACUACCACCAGCCUGACCAAAGAGUUUCGUCCCUCAGAGUUCACAAGAUCUGCGCCGUUCUCUCCUGAGACUGUUUCAACAGUCCUCGCCGACGACCAGAACCCUGAUGAAGCCCCACGCACCCCAUCUCUAUCUGCCAUAAUGAACGAGCCCCGGACCACAGAGGCUAUCCUUCAAAAAGUUGAAACACCCAUAGCAGGCUCGUUUGAUGGAGUGGGGAGCGAGGGUGUGGAGAAGACGACUGAAGAGGACAAAACAAAUCUUCUUAAAGACAGUACGACUACCAAUCACAGCCCUGCCCCAGUUGACCCCCUGGGGCCCGGCAGGGCAGCCCCAGAGGAACCAAGGCCUACGGAGGGAGGGGGGGCGAUCGAAUGUGAAGCCACUGUACCUCUCAAUCUGCAGAGAGUGGAUCUGAAGGUGGUGGAGGCGGAGGUGGAGGCGGAGGGGGAGGUGAUGGAGGAACAGACCGAACCACUGGACCUCAGCCUGCCCAUGAGGAGAAGGGACGCUGGCGGUGGGAGCGGAGUGUGCCCAUGGGAGGACUCCGGCUGUGAGAGCUCACUGAUUAUGGAGGUGGACGAGUUCGAGGGGGAGGCAGACCGAGACGUCGUGGAAGAGGAUGAUGGCGAGGAUGAUGAUGAUGAUGGUGUGGUCCGGAAAGGCGACCAAACGUUUAGCGCCCUCGGCGCAGAUUCUUUUGGAGAUUCGAUCCUGUCUCCUUCGUUCUUCUCUACCUCCGUGUUUGCCUCCCUGUCCUCGAUAGACUCUGACAAUGACAAUUUUCUCUUCAUAGAUGACCAGGGAAUCCCGUAUAAUCUCAGUCCAGAAGGACACAAAGUGCCCCAAAUAGACACCUCCACGCUGGACGGCGGGCCGCUCUCAGGUCGCUCCGUGACUCGGUCCCUGUCCCUUCGCGAAAGAGGACAGAGCCAUCGCAGCCGGUCACUUUAUUAGCCUCUAGCCUCGGCCAAAGUUUAGGGAACCCAUCGCACUCGCUCACCGCUCCUUGUGAUAACCUGCUGUCCUCACCACAGACCUCGGCCCCCCGAGUCCCCACCUCAGAGCGCCGAACCUUUAAAGGGUGCGGAGCUGUCGACGGGGGCACCGGCCACAAAGAACCUCCGACUCCUCCAGGGCAGCCGAGCCCUGCGGGACCUCCGCCGGGGGGACUGGGCCCGCGGCGGCAGCGAACCAAACCGUGCAGAUCCUCACCAACCCAUCGGGGAACGCGCCUAUUCUCUUCCUCUCCCCCCCUUCCACCUCCACCCAGUUCUCCUCGUCUCCAAAGGGACUUUCACUGCCCCUUUCCCUGACACAGAACUCCGCCCCUGCCUCCACCCCCAUGCUCCUCCUCCUGUCCUCCGUCUCCUCCACCUCCGGUCCGUCCCUCGCUCUCCUGGACCCCUCCACCGGUCAGCUCUCCCAGAUCACUGCAGCCAGCUCCGGCCCCCUCUCCUUCCCGGCUCUGUCUGCGGGUCAGCUCAGCAACCCG